GCGAUUCUUCAGCACGCGUACCUUUUAACUUGUCCCUCGUUGUCUUUGCCUUAACCUGUAUUAUUUGUUUCCUCGAUAUCGUUCUCUAUAACUCCUCUUGGCCCCCUCCGCUCCUUUUCUCUUUUUAACCUCUCUAAGUUUUAUACCCUUUUUCUUUUUCUUUUCUUUUUCUUUCUUUUUCUUAAACGAGAAACCGUAUCCAGAGCCAAGAACCGCUAUCUUGAUCUAUCCGCCUUUUCUUGAAGCUAUCCUUAAGACUUAGCGCAUCGCCGACUCGAGCUUGUCGCCUUAGUCGCAACCUUCUUUCACGCCUGCGCCACGCCUUUACAGCAGUUUCCUUUUGCGAGCGACCUUUUGCGCGUCUUUUCCUUGCCCCGACCGGGCCAUACCGUGUCCGCCAUGGCUCACAAUGGCAAUGGGUCUAUUUACCCCCAAAAUGGCGGACCAGUAUUACCUUCUUCUUCCGCCUCGAGCCGAAACGAAACCAGAAAACCGGAGGAAUGGUGGUACACGGAAAAUGGACGCUCUUACGACACAUUUCGGAGGGGCAAGUAUAUGUUCCCAAUGGAUGAGGACGAAAUGGAUAGGAUGGAUAUAUUCCACAAAUUCUUUUUGGUAGCGCGAGAGGAAAACUCCCACUACGGAGGCCUAUGCCAGCGGCCGCUACCCCCGAACCCUCGAAUAUUAGAUCUUGGAUGUGGUACCGGAAUCUGGGUGAUUGAUAUGGCUGAUCGCCAUCAAGGACGAGCCAGUAUUCUAGGCUGGGACCUCUCCUUAAUACAGCCUCUCAGGAUUCCGCCUGGCGUCGAGUUUCAGCGCCGUGAUAUCGAAGAUCCGUGGACCGGCAUUGAAGAGAAUUCUUUCGAUCUUAUUCAUAUGAAAAUGCUCUGCGGAGGUAUAAGCAAUUGGAUGUCUUUAUAUGACCGCGCAUUCAGAUAUCUCAAGCCUGGUACUGGACUCUUUGAGCAUGUGGAGAUUGAUCUCACGCCAAAAUCUGCAGAUGGCGAAUUACCCGAGGACUCUCACCUUCGAAUAUGGGCGCGUGAGCUGACCGAGGCUAUGGAGAGGGCUGGGCGGCCUUUAACAGUGAACCCCCACACUGUAGGAAUGUUACAGCGUCUCGGCUACGUUGACGUCGAGCAAACAAGCAAGCGAAUCCCAUUUAAUUCUUGGCCUGAUGAUGCACAAGAAAAGGAGAUUGGUAGAUGGUUCAACCUCGGGAUUACGAAGGGGCUGCACGCCAUGACAAUAGCUCCUCUAACCAGAAUGAACGGCUACGACCCGGAACAUGUUGAGAACUUAAUUUCCAAAGUGCGGCAGGAAAUAUGCUCCCGCAGCUUGAGAGCUUACUGCACCAUGUACAUCUGGACAGCACGAAGGCCAUCUAUACCCGGCCAACGAGCGUGAUCGUUCCGGCUGCCUGCAACACAACCAUUGAACCGGUAUCUAUCAACACACCACUGGAACCACACGCUUCUGCUCGGUGAUCUUCAAGGCCAUAUAGCCUAUCCCUCGGACGCCUACAUCGCUUGCAGAAAAGACGUAUCACUUCCUUCCUACCUAAUGUAGGU